AUGGACGAUCAUCCUUCUCUCGGUCCGUUUCAGUGUCGCACCGACGGCUGCAACAGAAUUUUCGACAACUGGACCCAGCGCAAUGCUCACGAGGCGCGUUGCUGUGGCGUGUGUCCCGAGUGCGGGGCACAUUUUCAGUACCAGUGGCUUCUCGACUCCCACAUCCAUGGACACCGUACCGGGUACGCUUGGAGAUGCAGGUUGGGUUGCAAGGAGAGCGAUCGUCUGACCGAUCAACCCGGCCGCCGUCCCAAGGCUCGCCAGCUCCCGAAGAACAUCGACAAGGACUUCCUCUGGUUCGAGAAGGAGCACGAGCUCAACAGUCACCACGCGAUUGAUCACGGUGUCACGUUCGCCCAAGCACGUCGUGCCCAGGGCGUGCCAGCGAGCUACAAUGGACCCGUUUUUGUCCCCUUGGUCACGGGCUCGGCUGCAGCAGUCGCCCUCGAGGACGCCCAGGCGCGCCGCAGGGCGUCCCAUGAGCGUACCACCGCCAAUCGAGGUGCGGCUGGUAAGGCGAGAGACCUGACAGUGCGCCGCUUGCGCCGAGAAACGGAGCGCGAGCUUGAGACGGCCGCCCAGCGCGAAGAACGUCAAGCCAAGCAGCGCGGGUACAGCGCUAAGUUUAAUGCCAAGCGCAAGGGCGACACACCCAGCACCACGAAGCACCCCAAGAAGAAGCGCGUGGUUUCUCGACGCCGCAAUUACGACGAGCAUGUCGACUACAAGUCCGACGACGAGCAUGUGCAAGAGCACGAGGAUGAGCUCGAGAAGGAGUUCGAGGAGUGCUCCGAGACUGAGGAGGAGUCUUGUGUCCAGGACGAGUCCGAGGAGGAGUCCGAGGAGGAGCUCGAGGAGGAGUCGAGGAGGAGCUCGACGAUGAGCUCGACGUGGAGCUCGACGAUGAGCUCGACGUGGAGCUCGACGAUGAGCUCGACGUCUAGCUAA